UCUUGUUCUCGGGGUAUAAAAGAGGGGCAGAGACCUUCCACACAACAAACGGAAAACAUGAACUCCCUGUUGAUUCUGUCCUGCCUGGCCUUUUUCGGCGCAGCCUAUGGCUGUGGCAAUCCAGCCAUCUCCCCAGUAAUCACUGGUUACUCCCGUAUUGUCAACGGAGAGGAGGCUGUUCCCCACUCCUGGUCGUGGCAGGUGUCCCUGCAGGACCAAACUGGCUUCCACUUCUGCGGAGGCUCCCUGAUCAAUGAGAACUGGGUUGUGACUGCUGCCCACUGCAAUGUCAAGAACUACCACCGUGUGGUGCUGGGAGAGCACGACCGCUCCUCCAACUCUGAGGGCGUCCAGGUCAUGACUGUCGGACAGGUGUUCAAGCACCCCCGUUACAACGGCUUCACCAUCAACAACGACAUCCUGCUUGUCAAGCUGGCCACCCCCGCCACCCUGAACAUGCGCGUGUCCCCCGUGUGCCUGGCUGAGACUGAUGACGUCUUUGAGGGUGGCAUGAAGUGUGUGACCUCUGGCUGGGGCCUGACCCGCUACAAUGCUGCCGACACCCCGGCCCUGCUGCAGCAGGCUGCUCUGCCCCUCCUGACCAAUGAGCAGUGCAAGAAGUUCUGGGGCAACAAGAUCUCCGACCUGAUGAUCUGCGCUGGAGCUGCUGGGGCCUCCUCAUGCAUGGGUGACUCCGGUGGCCCCCUGGUGUGCCAGAAGGCUGGCUCUUGGACCCUGGUUGGCAUCGUGUCCUGGGGCAGUGGAACCUGUACCCCCACCAUGCCCGGUGUGUACGCCCGGGUCACCGAGCUCCGCGCAUGGGUGGACCAGACCAUCGCUGCCAACUAAAUAUCCCUCCACCGUCAUCCACAGCCUGUGUAUGGUCAAUAAAAUAAGAGUAUUAGGUAUUACAGAUCAUAGUGCUGCAAUGGGCAAGCCUCUCUUGCUAUCAGCCACUUUUGGCAUAUCUUAAUGCAUUAAAGAUUAAUGCAUUUUCCUCUUCACAAUUGCAAUUUCAUUUGAUUAUUUUCCUAAAAAUGCAUCCAUGUCUUGUAUGUUUCCAUAUCAUUAAACACAUUAAAACAAUAAAACUACGCACCGGUGCAAACUGUGCAUGCAACU